AUGAUACCUUUUCUUGUCAUUGCAAGCCAGUUAAUAUUCUCUAAGUAUGUCUUCCAGUGCCCUUGUGUGAACAGGAAAUGUAAUGCUUCAGCUGGAUUCUGUGUCUUAUUUGUGCCAGCACUUGUAUUGCUCAUCUUCAGCAUAUUUCUCCAACGGAUAACAUGGCAUUGGGCAUCAGGACUCUGUUCAUAUACAGAAAACGAGAGUGAAACACCAAUUGUACAGACACCUGAGUAUCAAAUUUGCAGAUGGGCAACAAAAUGCUGGAACCGGUGUAAGAUCAGACGAGGCCAACCAAAUGAAGACAGUCCAACUAAUGAAGACAAUAUAAAGUCUACACAACGUUUAAAAUGUUGUUUUGCUUUCUACAUCUUUGGACUGGCCUUGCCAUCUGGAUGCAUCUGGGUCAUCUCGUCACUCCUGGAAGGGGUUUACAUGGUAUGUGCAUUUACGACGUACAUUGACAUCAACAAAUAUCCACGACUCCUGCAUCUGAACAUGACCAAAGCGGACAUGGACAUGGUCCUCGCUCGCAUGCCUUGUGAGGCCAUCACUCUGCACCCAACAAUCAACGUCCUCAACGAAACGAGCAACACCGUGCGGAAAGAGGUCUUAUAUGAAAUAACGUUCAUCUCACAGAUGGUGGGACUCGGUGGUUUCCUGCUUCUUGCGGUCCUGGCCUUGGCCGUCACCUGCUGCAUUCGGUGCUGCAGCAAAAUGAGCGUCCGAGAAUUAAAGUUCCGAAUGCGCUACCGGGAGGUUGAACGACAACUGUACAAAACGAAAAUGGAAGAUUACAUUAAACAAGUAGCUGAAGAAAAUGUUGAAUGUGUAGUUAACCACAAAGAUAAGAAGACUGGACUCAAGAAAGAGACAUGGAAUGGCAUGUCUGAGUUUUCUGAGCAGUUAGAGUCCUGUUGUUGUUUUAAACGCAGUGAUUAUAUGAGCACCAUGCAUCGUCUGGCAAUGGGUAAUGACAACGCAGCCACAGCCGAGACCUCCGGAGGUGGAACAAAUGACGUCCGUGUGCAUUCGUUUUAGUAGCACAAAAGUGAACUUGAAAAUGCCCGAGGUAUGUGCUCACUGAGGAGUUGGAGACUGGAGCAUGCCAAUCAGAAAUGGGGUUUUACAAUUAUUCCGACCAAAACGAAGCACCGGCCGAAGUAUUCUCUACCAUCAAAUACUCACCAGCCUCAACUCUGAUGGGGCAGUUGUGGAGAUGUUCCCGUAC